AAGAUUUGAUUUUUAUGAGAAGAUAACCAUAUCCAUCAUUACCUUCCUUCGUUCGGUGGAGUUGAGGGUUUGCAGAGUUCCAUUUCCCUUUCAAUUCUUCACCGUACCGCACCUUUCUGCUUCAAUUCGAAUACUUAAAUGCCUUAUUUUCAUCCAUAAUUCUCAAUAUCCAACCCUACAUACAAUUCAACACUUUCGUUUUCACAAUUCUUGAAAUUCCGAGUCUUCCAAUACGAGUGGAUAAUUUGUUGAAAUGGUUUUGGUUUCUCAUCAACCGCGGGUCUUGUAUGUCACGUUUUCGUCUAGGAAUAAUUUGCCAUGGAGCAAAAGUAUGAAGUUGAAGCAGUGUUUCACAAAACUUCACUUCAUUGGAAGAGCUGAUUGGCAUCACCGCAUGUUAAAGCAGACUAAUUGUCUAAGUGUAGGGCCUCCUCAAAUUUGUGGAUCCAAGCUUAAACCUUUGACGAUUACAAGCUUCAAAGGCAAUGAGCGAAAUGGUGAUUCAGAAGCCAGAGCCAAGGAGUUGAAGGUCCGCAAGACCUCAGUUAGAGUGGAAGAGAAGGGGGAAGUUAAGUCGGAGUCUCCAAAGACCCGUAAUGUUCCACUCAAUGGUGCUAAUGAGAGCCUUGCAGCAUCAUCUGGCAUUCAAAAACUUUUUAAAAAAUGGCUGACGAUGUUGCACUCUCCACCGUCAAAUCAAGAAGUGGAUGAAACUUUGGGAGAACCACCUCCAGAGGUUUUAUCAAAAACGUCACAAGGGAUGCAGCGGAGUGAAAAAAGUCAGAUGUUGAAGGUGGUGUGGUCUGCUUUUCAGUCUCUAGAUGCAUCAAUAAAGAUUCCACUUUUAAUAUUGUGAGUAUGACUGUUUGUUCAUUUCUGCAUAUUAUGUAUGCUAUCUGGUUACUCUUACUACAUCACUUAUGUUCGCUAUAAAUGGGAUUUUAGGAAAGAGAGAAGACACGUGUUCAAUCCUUAUUGUGGCAUAUGCAUAUUAUGUUGUUGAGGUGUCAACUUAAUAUGCCAUCUGCUAGUCACAUGUUAGAUUUUGACAAUUGUCAACUUGGAUUUAAUUGUUGAAGCAAAUUUUAGGUUAUCAGAGUUUACCGAGAAAAUUUAAAAAAAGGAAGAGAGGAAAGAGGAUUUGUGUUCAUUCCUUAUUUAAGUAUUAUGCAUAAUAUACUACUUUAUUGAGGUCUUAGAGUUAAUAUGCCAUCUUCUACUCACAUUUGAUUUCAUCAUAUGUUAACUCUUAAAAAAAGGUUAUUAACAUGUAUAGUAUAUCAAUACAUUGCUCUUUUUAGGUAGCUAUUAAUUUUAAUAUCCAGAUAAUGCAUUCCUUUUUACAUGAAAUUGUGAGGUUUUUUUGUUGUUAUUGUUGUUGGAAAUUCCGCCUUCAUUUGCGGUCCUCCCUUAGCCGCCUAGUUGUAGCAUUUGGGUUGCUUCGAUUGCAGCCUCCACCACCUUUAUUGUGUUGGGCGUGAAGGGAUGGAUUUAGUUCCAUAUUGCCUAGACCUAGAGAGAUAGUGUGUGUAGUGUUUAUAAAGCUUGGGAAGUCCUCACCUUACAAGUCAGUUUUGUAUGGUUGAGUUAGAGCCAGUCCAAAUUCUAAGUGUUAGAAACUGAACUGAGAUUGAAGAUGAGAAAGGAAGAGGGAGAGAGAGUUGUAACAGAUUUCUUUCAUUUCAUAAGGGAAAGGUAAAGUUAGUUACAAUAGUUAGAGCUAGGUUAUACAAAGAGAACUCAAAUGUGCUGACUCAGCAUAGUUGUUUUACACUUAUACCCGUAAUCUCUAAGACACUAUUAUUCUAAUACCAAGAUAGUAUCCCAGCGAUCCUACAUUUGUUGGGCUUCCUGCAUCGUCCACACUUUAGGCUCAUCGGACCCAAGCAUGAAGGGGG